AUCCCCACGGCACCACACCUCGCUUCCGCCGACCGCCGCCCAUCGCGCCAUCGUGGCGGGUUGGCCACCUCAUCCGCCUCGUCGGCUUCACCCCCACCCCCACCAGGAAAGAACAUAGCCGCACCACUUCUCCACUGCACCAGUCCUCUUGCUUCGGCUCUCCUCCACCCCCGGGGGGUUUCUCUGGCCUUCGGUGCAGGGUACUCUACUCCACUGUUGGACUAGAUCACAGCUGCCCCUCUGUUCGCCGGUGCGCGUCGGAUUGGCUUGUCCGCGGAGGCCAGAGAAUCACCUAGACCGGGAUACAGGAAUUUCAGUAUGCAACAAAUGGCCAUGUCAGCGUUUGCGGUCACCUCACCUUCAUCGCAUGGCUAUGCCUUAUCAGCCCUUCAUGCCCGUCAUUCUCAAAGACUGCACAUGAAACGCAUUUGCAGCCAGGUUCGGGCACUGGCACAAACACAAUUGCAGUACAAGAAGCUGGGAGAUUCAGACCUCCUUAUCAGUGAGGUCACUCUUGGAACAAUGACUUUUGGAGAGCAAAACACAGAAAAGGAAGCUCAUGAUAUGCUCUCUUAUUCUUUCGAUCAAGGCAUUAAUAUCCUUGACACCGCAGAAAUUUACCCUGUUCCAACGAACAAGGACACUCAAGGAAGUACCGAUCUAUAUAUUGGCAGGUGGAUGCAAUCUAAGCCGCGAGACAAGAUAAUUUUGGCGACCAAAGUUGCUGGUUAUUCAGAAAGAUCCACUUUUCUUCGGGACAAUGCAAAAGUAGUGUGUGUUGAUGCUGCCAAUAUCAAAGAAAGUGUUGAAAAGAGCCUUAAACGAUUGUCUACAGACUACAUUGAUUUGCUUCAGAUACACUGGCCAGAUAGAUAUGUGCCACUAUUUGGUGAAUAUAGUUAUAAUCCAACCAAAUGGAGGUCAAGCGUACCUUUUGAGGGUCAAUUGAAGGCCUUCCAGGAGCUAAUUGACGAAGGAAAGGUUCGCUAUAUUGGUGUUUCCAAUGAGACCUCAUAUGGUGUAAUGGAGUUUGUACAUGCUGCUAAGACUCAAGGCCUCCCAAAGAUUGUGAGCAUCCAGAACAGUUAUAGUCUAAUUGUGAGAUGCCGCUUUGAAGUUGAUCUUGUUGAAGUUUGCCACCCAAAUAACUGCAAUGUUGGACUGCUGGCCUACUCUCCGUUGGCUGGUGGUGUUCUUACUGGGAAGUAUCUUGAUGCUAACACUGACAUUUCAAAGAGGAGUAGGCUUAAUCUCUUCCCUGGAUACAUGGCGCGCUACAAUGCCUCUUUGGCAAAGGAAGCGACAAACGAAUACGUAAAGCUUGCCAAGAAGCAUGGGCUAACUCCAGUCCAGCUUGCACUGGGCUUUGUGCGUGACCGUCCAUUCACUGCCAGUUCCAUCAUUGGAGCAACAACCAUGGAUCAGUUAAAGGAGAACAUUGAUGCAUUCACCAGUGCUCCACGGCCACUACCACAAGAAGUUCUCGACGGCAUUGAGGAUCUGUUCAAGAGAUACAAAGACCCAGUAAUCCUCUAAAUGUCUAUUCACCAUUUGGACGAAAAGAACCAGCAGUGCUGAAAUCAUACAAAGAUCAGAAAAUAGUAGCAUUUAUGAUAGUAAUAUUUUAUUAAUGCAGAUAGAAAUGUUUCUUUGUAUCUUCUUCCAUUUAUUUUAUGGAUACUACCAUCAAAAUGAUUUUUUUUUGCACUCUAUGUAGAAGUAGAUUUUCAUAGUGAGUUCGAAGGGAAUACAUUCUCUUAUACUAUAUUAGUAAAUGUAUGAGGUUUUAGAUUUUAACAGGUCUCCAAUACACAAGUUUGACCAAUUCUUUUCAUGUGUCAAUAUUAGUAAAGGUUGUUAAAUUACUACAUUAUGAAAAUAUUUUUCAUGACAA